AUGGCAUAUUUGAGAGCUCAAGCAGCUCAGAUAGACGCUUGGGAGCAUCUCGGAAACGACGGAUGGAACUGGGAGAGUCUGUUGCCACACUACAAGCAAAGCGAGCAUUUCCAGAUCCCUACCGAAGAGCAGUGUGCAGCUGGUGCUACCUAUGACAUCGCAGUGCAUGGAAUGACAGGCCCACUCAAGACUGGAUGGGAUGAUAACAUCCUCGGCGCAAACGUAACCUCGCUAAUCAACGCCACAUAUACUUCUCUCGGACUGCCAUACAUAGAGGAAGUCAAUGGUGGCAACAUGCGUGGCUUCAUUCGCUACCCGGCGACCGUCGACCGCGAGCUCAAUAUCCGUGAAGACGCUGCCCGUGCUUACUACUUGCCCAUCGAGAACAGAACCAAUCUGGAUCUUUACACAAACUCUGUCGUGCAGCGUAUGACCUGGGACAAGGAAUCAUCAGACUCAAAGCCUCGCGCUAAUGGAGUACAAUUCACUGAUGCAUCUGGCAACCAAAAGACUGUCAGUGCUAAGAAAGAGGUCAUCCUUUCUGCUGGCGCGUUGAGAUCACCACUCAUCCUGGAACUGUCAGGCAUUGGAAACUCUGCGUAA